AUAUACAUACAUUUUUGUAUACGACUACCUGGUACUUCUGCUAGUGAGAGAAAGUCCAAAAGACAACCAUGGAAACUAAGCACUCGAAUGUUAAACGACCUGUCUCCGAAAUCUGUUCGCACAAAGUACGGCUUUCUCAUUCUCUGUCCACAUCGACGCCCGCAGCUUCUUCCUCUAAGACUAAGAGGAAGAUGCCAUUGGAGAGCAAGGAAAAGCUAGUUUCUAAAAAGCGUAAAAUUCUCAAAUCUAAGGCUAAACAAGAAAAAUCUAAUAAUCCCAAAAAAUCAGAGAGCAUUAAACGAAAAAGGGCUACAUUUAGUGACAUGUACGAUGAUGUUGAAGCUAAGUUCUCUGUUUUGGAGCGAGCAGAAAGGGUGCUGUCGAGUCUAUCAGAUGAAUUCCCUAGCUUUAUAAAGUGUAUGCUGCCAUCAAAUGUUGCUCAUGGGUUUUGGCUGCAUCUUCCAAAGGCAUUCUGUGACAUGUAUCUUCCGACUUGUGACACCAAUAUUAUAUUGGUAGAUGAAUGGGGAAAUGAAUACAAAACGUCUUAUCUUCUGGAAAGGCAUGGAUUAAGCGCUGGCUGGAGAGCAUUUUCAAUCUCUCACAGAUUACUCAAAGGGGAUAUUUUGAUCUUUCGUCUGAUUGAGCCAUGCAAACUAAAGGUAGACAUAGUAAGGGUAAAUGGUCGAGAUGUGGUAGAUGCUGCUCUUUGCCUCUUGAAAUUUGAUGCUAGUGUGAACACAACGGAUCCGGAUCUUUCACGGAAAGACACUCGCAAGCGUAAAAGCUUAGUGAAAUUCAUAGAGCCUUACAUCCAUAAUGUUUGUAAACCUGAGGCAAAUGUUCAAGUUGAAGGCCAGAGUGCAUUGGAUUGUUGCUCUCCAAACAUUGUGGAUCAAGCUGAACAUAAUAGUAAAGAUUCAGGGUCUGAAGAUUUCAAAGGUUCUGAUAUUGCCAACCACCCGCAAUCCAAUGAGUUCUGCAGCUCCAAAACUUCGUUUUUGUGCGACCAUCCCCGUGAUGGGGUAGCUUGUAGAUAGAUUGCUAUAAAAGAAAGUGCAUCUACAGAGGUUGGAAUUGAUUGAAGCUCAAAAAUCAAUUGAUUUUGCUUCUUCGUGUUACAAGGAAAGCUUCUGAGGGGUGCGUGACGGUUGGGCUCAGUUUUGCAGGAAAACACAGCAAAGAGCCAAAGACUACCUCGGAGAGAGAAUCUUGGCUGAACCAUCUUAAGUGUUUUGGUUUUUGAAACAGUAUGGGUUUUUGGUAAAGAAUACUGUACAUCACCCUCCUGUUUAGAGGUAAUAUAUUGUAUAUACAGUCAAACCCGUUCUCAUAUACUAAAAAAAGAAGUAUUUUCUGCA